UCACCCGGCAUUCGAUAUCUCACCGCAAUUGCCGCCAUUGAACAGGGAGGAAAAUUCCAUGGCCUCGCCAGUCGCGUGAACCUUUGUUCAACUUGUCGGUUGCUGCAACCUGCCGCGCUUGUCAAGGCGCCUGUGACGCGUUUUCGUCACCGGAGCAAAGAUGGGCAUCAACGGUCUUCUCCCCCUGCUAAAAUCCAUCCACCGCCCUGCCGAACUCAGGAAGUACGCGGGCGAAACGCUGGGCAUCGACGGCUAUGGAUGGCUUCAUCGAGGUGCUAUCGCUUGCGCCAUUGACUUGGCUCAAGGCAAGCCAACCCGCAAAUAUGUCGACUUUGCGAUGCACCGCGUCAAAAUGUUCAAGCACUUUGGCGUGACGCCCUAUGUUGUCUUUGACGGCGACUAUCUUCCCAGCAAGGCCAAGACGGAACUGGACCGCGAGAGCAGACGAGAGGCGAGCAGGAAGACAGGCCUAGAACUCCUCAAGGCCGGCAAACCAUCACAAGCCCACAUUGAACUCCAAAAGGCCAUCGACGUCACACCAGAAAUGGCCCGCCAUCUGAUCGACGAGCUGAAAAAGGCCAAUGUUCCAUAUGUCGUUGCGCCGUACGAAGCAGAUGCACAGUUGAUCUACCUCGAGCGCCAGGGCAUCAUCAGUGGCAUUGUUUCGGAGGAUUCUGAUUUGUUGGUUUUUGGAGCUAAGCGCCUCUUAACCAAGAUGGAUCAGUACGGACAAUGUAUCGAAAUCAACCGCAGCCAGUUUUGUGCUGUCCGAGAGAUCUCCUUGACGGGAUGGACGGAUGCCGAGUUCCGCCAGAUGGCCAUCUUCAGCGGCUGCGACUACCUCGACAGCCUUCCCAGCAUGGGUCUCAAGACGGCGCACCGCAUGAUUCGAAAGCUCAAGACGCCUGAGCGUAUCGUCAAGAAGAUCCAGUUCGACGGCAAAAUCCGAGUCCCCGAUGACUAUCUCGAAAGGUUUAAGCAGGCCGAACUGACUUUCAUCUACCAACGCGUGUUUUGCCCAGAGAAGCAAGCGGUGGUGUGCUUGACAGAACCCGACGAGUCUAUCAAUGUCGACACUAUGCCGUACAUCGGCGCACCCAUCGAUGCCAAGCUAGCUCGCGCCAUCGCUGUUGGUGAUGUUAACCCGAUCACCAAGGAGCGAAUCAUUAUCACAGCAACCUCCCCCAGCAAGAGAAGGAUCAGCCAGGUCUUCACUUCCGCUUACGGUGAAGGCAAGAAAAUGGGAAAGCCUAUCGACCAGUACUUCAAGGACCGCCGGAUUCCCCUCGGAGAGAUGGACCCCAACUGUUUCAACGUCGAGCCUGACAAUGGUGAACAAGAGGCGACCACCGAACCUCGCCCUAUCGUAUUUCCGUUGCCGAGACCGUAUGUGGAGGAUGUGGGAACAUCGGCAGCUCCUACUCGGCGCUACACAACUCAAAACAGCCGACGCAAGAGUGAGCCCAUAUCGAAGCUUCUGGCUUCGUUUGACGACACAUCCAGCGUCACAUCCCGACGACAGACAACAGGAGCAGGAUUCGAGGUAUUCACGGACACUGACCCUGCCAUCUCCACAAGACCGCCAAAGAAAGCGCGACUGUGUGCAGACGCAGUGUCGGAAGAUGCCGUCACUGCUACCCCCGAGAAAAGUAAGUUCUUCCCUCAAAGCAAGGCGAAGAAGGCGGCAGCUAGGAAGUCGGAGUCUUUCAUCAUGUCGGAUGAUUCUAUCGAGGAAGCUUUCCGGAGCGUUCCGGAUGCUGUAUGGAGUUCGUCAAAGGCUCGUCGUCGGAGCGGAAAGGUUCAGUUUGUUGAGGAGUCAUCGUCCUCUGAACCAGUGUCUCAGGAGAAGGAGGAGCAAGAGUUUGAGGAGCCGUCUCUUCCUGUGAUGCCAGUUGCCGCCAUUGAUGCCAGCAGCGAUGCCAAGGACGAAGUGGAAGUCCCUGGAUCAUCACCGCAAGAAGCCAUCACCAAGAAGACUGUGAAAUCCCAGACCCCGCUGGGCCCUCGGCUCCGGCAAUUCUCGUAUCAACCAGGUAAACCCGGUGCUCGCAUUGUCGACGGUCUACCCACACCUUCCUCAACCCAAGAGAGACCUGCUGCGAUGCGUAGAUCAUCGUUGAAUCCAAGCACCCCCAUGUUGACUCCGUUGCAACGCAUGGGAGCCCGGGCUCUGAAGCAAGUUACACCCCGCGCCACGCCUCCUAGCAGCGUCCGCGCACGUAAAUCGAGCAAGCCAAGCGAAUCUCUCGGCUCACUUCCGGUGGAUCCCGCCGCCGUUCCGUUGCCGUUGGUCGACUUUGCUGAAGUUAGAGCCCUGAACAUGCCCCUUCAGGGCAGCGAGGAUCAGAUCAUUCCGGAGAGUGAUGGAGAAGCGGAUUUGGGCACGACAGCAACUCGUCCGCGGCUCAACUUGUCGCAGUACCUGUAUUCGUAGGCCUUAAAUUUGGGCUUUCAGGUGUAUAUAAGGAGACACCAGAUAUGUGUGCAUAGCGCUCGGCGUACCGGUAAGGAAGGA